AAUUGAACAUUCCAUUUGGUAUUUUUUCAGACUGUUUUUAACUUUUGUACGAGGAAGGUGGUGAAGUCGAAGUGGAAAUCGAAAUCGAGAGAAACAAAGACAUCGUAUACAUUACGCCCUGAUGGAAUAAAAUUUAGUUAAAUAAUAUUUAAAUUUAAUGAAAAUAGUAGAGUGUUUAAUAUAAAACGAAAGUCAUUAUUAAUCAGUUACACAAGCAAAUCAGUUACACACAACCAAACAAAUAUGUUUUCCAAACAGCGCUUCCUGGCCGAGGUGGUGCUGCUCUUCAUCGCCUGCAGUUGCGUUUUUUCCGUUGAGGCUCAAUUAGCCGACAAAACACAGAAUCCUUGCGUCAAUAAGCGCACGUGCCAUGAAUGCAUACAAACACAAAGCUGUGCUUGGUGCAUGCAACCCGACCAUGGUGACAAACCACGCUGCUUCGAUCAUAGUUACUCAAAUAUCUGUCCGGAACAAUAUAUUUGGUAUCCGAAAACAGAAGAGCAAUUCAUUAUAAACCGUGAACUUACACGUGGUGGUGCGGCGCGUGCCGCCGGUGGGCAAAUGAUGUAUGGUGGUUCUUAUGCAGCCAAUUCCUCAUACAGCAGUUCUAGUUCGGGUUCAUACGGUGCUGCUUAUGGUGGCGGAGCAAGUGGUUUUGCUGCUGGCUCUGCAUCUAGCGCUGCAGCAGGCAGCGACAUUGUACAAAUUAGUCCACAACGUGUUAGCUUAAAGUUGCGCAUAAAUGAAGUGUAUCCCUUGAGUUUCCGUUACUCACAAGCAGAAGAUUAUCCAGUUGAUCUUUAUUAUUUGAUGGACUUGUCUAAAUCCAUGGAAGAUGACAAAAAUAAAUUGUCAGCAUUGGGUGAUUUGUUGUCGGAGACUAUGCGUAAUAUAACAUCGAAUUUCCGUUUGGGUUUUGGCUCAUUCGUUGAUAAGGUGCUGAUGCCUUACGUUUCUACAAUUCCAAAGAAACUUUUACAUCCAUGUGACGGCUGUGAGGCUCCUUAUGGUUAUCGCAAUCACAUGCCUCUGAGUACAGAUACAUCCACUUUUACUUCUGAAGUCAAAAAUGCUGCUGUAUCUGGUAAUCUGGAUGCACCGGAAGGUGGUUUCGAUGCUAUUAUGCAGGCUAUCGCUUGUCGUCAGCAAAUAGGCUGGCGCGAGAAAGCUCGACGCCUAUUGGUCUUCUCAACAGAUGCAGGAUUUCAUUAUGCCGGUGAUGGCAAACUCGGUGGUGUUAUUGCGCCUAACGAUGGUGAAUGCCAUUUGGAUCGCGAUGGAUUGUACACGCAUUCCGUAAUACAAGACUAUCCCAGUAUAUCUCAAAUCAAUCACAAAGUUAAACAAAACGCUAUUAACGUAAUAUUUGCCGUAACUGCAAACCAACAUUCUGUGUAUUCCAAAUUGUCAAAACAUAUCGAAGGUUCUACAAGUGCUAUACUCUCAGAGGAUUCCUCUAAUGUGGUUACCUUAGUGCGUAAGGAGUACAGUAAAAUCUCUUCGUCUAUUGAAAUGAAAGAUAACGCCACUAGCAAUGUAAAAAUUACAUAUCAUUCUGCGUGCCUAAAUAAUGGCACUGCAGUUCCUACAGCAAAAUGUGAUGAUAUUAAAGUUGGUCAGUUGGUUUAUUUCACCGCACAGAUUUCGGUAACAUCAUGCCCAGCCGAUCCACGUGACUGGAAACAAACAAUACAAAUUUAUCCAGUCGGUUUGAAUGAAAGUUUGAUUAUCGAUUUGGAAUUGUUAUGUUCGUGUCCUUGUGAGAAACCUGGUUCGAUUGGAUAUGAAACUAAUUCAGCAUAUUGUAAUGGUCAUGGCACGUACAUGUGCGGCAUCUGUGAGUGCGAUGAAUCGUACGUUGGUCGGAAUUGUGAAUGUUCUGUGACAGACGCGCAUUCUCAUAAAGAAAGUGAUAUCGGUUGUCGCGCUGGUAAUAGUACACAGGAUUGUAAUGGACGUGGUAUGUGUUUGUGUGGUAUCUGCCACUGCGAGCAACGUGAUAAUCCCGAAGAAAAAAUAACAGGCGACUUCUGUGAGUGUGAUAACUUCUCGUGUGAACGUCAUAAGCAACAGUUAUGCUCUGGUCCCGAUCAUGGUAUAUGCGCAUGUAAUGUUUGUGAAUGUAAACCUGGUUGGACUGGUGCAGCUUGUGAUUGUCAAGCUUCCAAUCACACAUGCAUACCACCAAAUGGCGGUGAAAUUUGUUCCGGACACGGUGAAUGUGAAUGUGGUGUAUGCAAAUGCAAAACUACUGAAGAAGGUCGUUAUUCUGGCGAUUACUGUGAAAAAUGUCCCACAUGUUCUAGACGUUGUCAAGAGCUUAAAGACUGUGUCCAAUGUCAAAUGUAUAAAACUGGUCCUUUGAAAGAUCCAAAGGAUUGUGCAGAUAAUUGCAUUAACAUAAAUCCUAUUGGAGUUGAGAAGGUCAUCAUAGAUGAUCCAGAAAAAGAAUACCAAUGUUGGUUCUUCGAUGAAGACGAUUGCAAAUUUUCAUUCAAAUACACUGAAAUUAAUAAUGAAAUUAAAAUUUAUGCGCAACAAGAACGUGAAUGUCCACCAAAAGUAUUCAUGUUAGGCAUAGUAUUAGGUGUUAUAGCCGCCAUUGUUUUAGUUGGCUUGGCUAUAUUGUUAUUGUGGAAAUUGUUGACGACGAUACAUGACAGGCGAGAAUUUGCACGUUUCGAAAAGGAACGUAUGAAUGCCAAAUGGGAUACUGUAAGUUGCAUAAAAGCAUUGAUAUACCGAAGCAUAAAUUAUCAUUAA